CAAGCCGGCGAGGAAGGAGAAACUGCGCACCACCCCUCCUCCCUUUAGCCCACCUCGAUCCACCCAGCUACAACACCCCCCACUCCUCCCAGCACCCCGGUCCAUCCCCCGCCCCACUCCCCCUCGGAAGAAAUUGACGGAUUAUUGGGAAGUGCAAGGGAGGCAGGCUGCAGCUGUGUGUGCUUGGCGGGGAUGAUGCGUGUGGGUUUGCAAUCGCUGCCGUUCGCCACCGCUGCUGCCGAGGCUCGAGCGUCUGGCUAGUUAAGAGGAGGAAGAAGCUAAUUGAGCCGGUGUGAGUCGCGUAUUCUUUUCAACCACCGCCGAGCGCUGCCGGGAGGAGGAAGAGGAGAGGGAUAAAAGAAAAAAGAAGAAGGAAAAAAUCAAGUGGACACGACGCCACAUUGAAAAGGGGAGCAGCGGAGAGAGAGAGAGGGAGAAGGGCUGUCAGACUGACCAACCGACCAACUGAUUGACCACUAAAAAGUGAACAGAGGAAUACAGAGAGGAGGGGGGCUUUUUUCUCUCCCCCUGGCUUGUCAAGCUCACCUCCAAACCAUCGCAAACGAAAAGACACAGAACAUUUGAGUGGACUGUGGAAUUUUCAUUCAACCUUCUUCAAGCCCACCCCCACCCACUCUCCUCUUUUUGUCCUUUCUCUCUUGGCUUUUGGUGCACACAACAAAAAAAAAUUGUGCGCGUGUUUGUGUUGUCGCCUGUGCUAUGGAGACCUGGGUAAGGUGUCUGGCAGGCGGAUCAACUGUCGGAUUCCAAGGACAAGCAAGAGAAGAGGAGCCAACAGCGAGACGCGAGCAGGGGAGCACUGCUGCUCUCGGAGCCUGACUGGAUUCCUAUCUGCAAUUCUUUUUUUCUUUUUUUUCUUAACAACAACAAAAGGAAGGGAAAAACACUCGCAACAGGGCCUUUCAAACCUUUGUCUUUGGAUGUGUGGAUUUACAAAAGGGCUCGUCGUGGUUAAGCUCUUUGGCAUUGAUACUCUUUUUGACAGAGCAAAUACUUAAAAAAAGGCUUAAUUUGUUGCUCUUGGGAUAUACAUGCAUCUGGUGUGAACACCACAGCUCUUUGUGAUUGCAAAAAGGAGGGAAACUAUAAAUCAGUUCAAGGACCUGUUAUAAUAACUUGAGGUAGGUGUCUAGCGUUUCAACCCCUCUUUACAUCAGUUUGUAACCCUUGUGAUACGGCUUUUGGUUGGUUAAUUUAUCAUCAUGUCCUACUCAUACACACGUUUCAGAAAAGCCAGCCCUCUCCACACUCCCUUCUCCUACCCCUGACCAGUUCAAAAGAUUACAUCAUUGAGGAUAGUUCAAGCCCUCUUGCCUCUGAGCAAGCACCCACAAACUCAUUCUCGCCUUGUCCUCUUCAGUUCCCUUGACUUCUUAGCUCUGGUCACCAGAACACGACAACCAACCAGCUACUUUUCCCUGAUCCCCACAGGCCCCAAACACCACCACACAAAAAAAAACAUCCCUCCCCCCCAGAUGAUGCUGAAUUAUGAACGUGCCACAUCAUGAGUCUCCUGGGGCGGGUAGCUGUGCAUCGUGCCAGGAAAGCCGCCCUGCUCUGUGUAGUCUUCCUCAUGGCGCAAGCGUGGAGCAGUGCCUCUCUGGCCUUGGCGGGGGCGGCAGUGUCUCAGGGAACCCAGGGCUGUCCACCACAAUGUUCUUGUAGUAAUCAGCAGGGGAAGGUGGUGUGCACGCGACGUGGCCUCACCCGUGUGCCCCCCGGCAUUCCUACCAACACGCGGCACCUCAAUCUAAUGGAAAACGCCAUCGAGGCGGUGCAGGCUGACUCCUUCCGCCACCUGCACCACCUUGAGGUGCUCCAGCUUGGGCGAAAUGCCAUACGGCAGAUUGAGGUGGGCGCGUUUAAUGGACUCACCAGCCUCAACACACUGGAGCUGUUUGACAACCGGUUGACCGUGGUGCCCAGUGGGGCCUUUGAGUACCUGUCUAAACUAAGAGAGCUGUGGCUGAGGAACAACCCCAUCGAGAGUAUCCCCUCCUACGCCUUCAACCGGGUGCCCUCCCUCAUGCGAUUGGACCUGGGAGAGUUACGGAAAUUGGAGUACAUCUCAGAAGGAGCAUUUGAGGGCCUACAAAACCUCAAGUACCUCAACCUAGGCAUGUGCAACAUAAGGGGGGAGAUGCCAAAUUUCAGUCCCCUCAAGGGCCUGGAGGAGCUCGAGAUCUCUGAGAAUCACUUCCCAGAGAUAAAGCCAGACUCUUUCAAUGGCCUGCUCUCACUGAAAAAGCUAUGGGUGAUGAACUCACAAAUCACAGUGAUAGAGCGCAAUGGCUUUGAUGACCUAUCUUCAUUGGCGGAGCUUAAUCUGGCCCAUAACAAUCUGAGCGCUGUGCCACAUGAUCUGUUCUCACCGCUCAGGUACCUGGUGGAGCUCCAUCUCCACCAUAACCCUUGGAACUGUGGCUGUGAGGCUGUAUGGUUAGCACGCUGGCUAAGGGAGUACAUCCCUUCUAACUCGACUUGCUGUGGACGUUGUCAAUCACCUGUCAGCAUGAAAGGGCGACAGCUGGUUGAGGUGGACCGAGGUGAGGGUGCUGCAACCCAAUGUUCUGCACCAUUCAUUGCCGAUGCACCGAGGGACCUGAACAUUUCGGCGGGGAGAGUGGCUGAACUUCGUUGCCGCACAGCCUCAAUGUCUUCAGUGCGUUGGCUUCUACCCAAUGGGACUAUCCUGACACAUGCCUCCAGUUAUCCGAGAAUAUCAAUCCUGAAUGACGGUGCCCUUAAUUUCUCAAAUGUCCUGCCUGUAGACACAGGCACUUAUACCUGCAUGGUGUCCAACGCAGCGGGGAACUCCAACGCCUCGGCCUACCUCAAUGUGAGUGCGGCUGAGCUCAACACGUCCAACUUGAGUUACUUCACCACGGUGACUGUGGAGGUCUUGGGGCCAACCACUGAGAUGCCCAAGCCUAGAACCACCUCGACUACAGCUGCUGCACCAGGGAUUGGGGUCGCUGGAGGCGGAAGGAUAGGCCUCGGGACAACAACUACAACUGCCUCCCCUUCCGUCUUUCAGCCAGUCUUCAUCUCGACGCCAACGGUGCUGCUGCAAAGCACCAACAGCCCCCCAGGAGCAGCCAAGACAUCUGUGGUGCCAGGACUACAAGGUGCCAGUGGCAAACCAGGGAGGCCUGGCCCGAGCCUGGAUGAAGUGAUGAGGACCACUAAGAUCAUCAUAGGUUGCUUUGUAGCAGUGACACUGAUGGCUGCGGUGAUGCUCAUCGCCUUCUACAAAUUGAGAAAGCGCCACCAGCAGAGGAGCACGGUGGCAGCUGCUCGCACUGUGGAGAUUAUCCAGGUGGAUGAGGAAGACCUUCCUCCACCAGCGUCUGCAGCUCAAGAGACAUCCCUCACGUUGCCUGAAAUCCGGGACCAUAACAGCAUACACAAACUGGACUUUAUCAGCCACAAGACUGACUAUAGUUUUCACAAACCCAAGGUCGAGUACAAACCCCAGCCCAAUUUCACCCUUCAUAAGCCGAAGGCUGAGUAUACCACUUACAAGCCAAAUACGGACUUCAGCGGCCACAAAUACAUCCCAGAUUACAGCACUCAAAAAUCGGCACCAGACUUUAGCCUUCAUAAACCAAAGCCUGACUACAGCCAAUUUAGACAGGACUACAGCACUCACAAACCUAAAUCAGAAUACAGCCCAUUCAAACCAGAGUAUGGCACUCAACCAAGGCAGAAAACAGACGUCAGCCCAUUUAAACGAGAUUACAGCACCCAACCAAAACCUAAACAUGACUAUAGCCCAUUAAAAUCGGAGUACAACACACAGCAUAAACCUAAAGCUGAAUACAGUCCAUUCAUGCCAGACUUUGGCACUCAUCCCAGACCUAAACCUGAAUACAGCCCAUUUAAUCCCGACUAUAGCACUCAACCCAAACCCAAAACAGACUACAAUGCCCAGAGAUCUCAAACGGACAGUCCCUACAACGCCAGGGACCCUUACACCGCCCAGAUGACUGCAGCUGAUUACAGCGGCUUCAAGACCGACUUCAGUCCCCACAAAGCGGAUUACAGCGCCUACACGUCCGACUUCAGUCCACACACUCAGAGACCUAAACUUGAUUACAGUCCCCACAAAGCGGACUACAGCCCCAAUAAAAUGGACUACAGCACCCUGAAGCCCAAAUACAACACCAUUAAACCAACUGAACAUGGAGCGAAAUGGACAGACAACAAUGUUGGGAACUCUUUGCCUCGAACCAUGCCCAGCACCAUCACAGCAAUGGCUGAGCCCUUUGCCAUUAAAACUCACACCAAGGAGAAGGUGCAGGAGACUCAGAUUUAAAAAAGACCCCCCAAAAGGCUGCCACUCCUUCCCCGAGGUUCCUAGCUCCCACCCACUCCUUUUCUCCCGCCCCCUUCGUCAUUUCCUCAUAAACUCAUGCAAUAGAAUGCACAACGAAAAAAGGACAGGAACUGCUUUUUUGUACAGAGUGCAAACUUAAAAAGACUGAUGAUUUCUUGUUGUACAUGCUUAUAAAUAAAUAUAUAUAUGGACAAAUUGAAACUACCAUGGGCUGGUGAUAGAGAAACAUAUAUUAAAAAGAAAUUGAAACUAUUUUCUAACUUGUAACUUCUAUUUAAAACAAUGAGUUGUUUAAGAUGCUGUCUUGACUUUGACACAUGAGGGUAGUCUUGUUUUAAAAGGGGGCAUUCUGUGUGAUUUUUACACCAUGCUACAGAGAAUGCAGUGAUGAGAAAAACAUAUUUAUACUGACAAGACUUUCUUUCACAAAAACCGAGGAAAAAAAAGGUCAGUGACGAUCUUUACAGGUUUAUCUUGUAAAAGCACCAAGAAUUUGUACUGUGCCAAAUGUUAUAAAUGCAAUAAAAAGGAUUUUUGAAAAAAAAAAAAAAAAAAGAGAAGUUAUUAGAAAGAGAUGUUUUUUUCUUCAUUUGUUCUCCUGGUGUAUACUGUAACGAUCAGCCAAAUGCUUUAGACACUGCAGUAAGACGCUGCAGCUAUACUUUAACCCUACGAGUGCUGAAUGACUCAGGCAGAAUGAAUCACAAUGCAGAAGUGGAUGGUGUUUGGUUUUUUUAAUCUCUCAACCAGUCCUAUUACUAUGAUAUGCUUUAUAUGUAACAGAAGAGUUUGUUCAGUUUCUAUUUUACACCAAUGAGUGUCGUAGUGCUUCAUCAAGAUGUGGCUGAAGAAAAGUGUGUGUAUCAUUUUCUUAAGUUCUAUAAAAUGCUUUAAGAUGUGAAAAGAUGAAGCAAUGGUGUGUCCACAGAAAAGUGUAGCAGUGCUACUAUAACAUCUCAUGUGAACUGAAAUGCUCAUUACUAAAUGCUGUUCAAUGAUGCAAACCGAUUGUGUUACCUAUCUCAUUUUACACAUUACAAACUGGUAUUAUUAUUCAUGUAACUAACGAGUGAAAAUGGUGAUAAAUUAAGGUGAAGUACUGUUUGGGUGAAGACUGUCUUGCACUUUGCCAAAAAAUAUA